AAAAGCAAUUCCGUUUGAGUUCCCAGUAUCUUGCGGAUGGAACGGCCGGUCCUGUCCCGGAAGUAAUGCGCAGAAGGUUGAUUACGUCCAAAGGCUUAUAUAUUGCUGUUACUGUAUGAGCCUGUGCAGUGCGGCCGCCGUACGCUUGCGUUCAGAUUGUGACACCUGUGACCGUGACUUUAGUAAAUAAUUGAAAUGCGUUCAUUGAUCGUAGCAAUCGCCUUCCUGGCGGUCGUCCAAGCUCGACCAGGGUUGCUCUAUACCCAAAAUUUGCAGCCCGUUGGAGUGGAAUACGCUCCAACAGCUAUUCCACAAGUGCAACCCCACCCAGCUGUCGAAUUAAAUGCAGCCAGUGAAGCUUUACUCCCCAGAGAAUUGCUCAAGUCUAACGAUUUCUAUGACAAUCCCGCAAUAGCUGCUGGUCUUGCCAAAGAAUCCUGGUUUACUAACAAGGAAAUGCAAGUGGUCGAACGUGAGGCAGAAAAGAUCCCGCGCGAGAAAAUAUACAACAUCGUCAAAAGCGCCGGAUUUCUGGAUCAACAUUAAAUUCUUUGCAUUUAUUUGUAGAUCGGUCAUCACAGUAAUCAAUAAGCGUAGGAGAAUAAAUACUUUCGGAUUUAGUUUUAAUAUGUUUUUGUGAGUCGUUUACCAGUGUCGUCAAUUCCAUGAAGUAAGAUU